GCUGAUUUGUAAACAAAGGACUCAAAGGAGCAAGGGACUUGUGGAAUGUCGCCUUUAAUUAACGACGUCGUGCACUAUGCGAGGGUGCUCACCCCCGCCGAUGAAUGACCUUUCCGGUGACUGCCACCUUCUUCUGCCCUGCUAUUAAUUUUGAGUUAUGAACCGCAUGGGCUACAGAGUAGUGAGGCGCCAGGAGGACUACCUCGAAGAGGUGCCUUUGCAAUUGGCUGGCAGCGACCAGGAAAUGGACACCGAUGAGACUGACUACCUGUUACCUUCUAAUAAUGGACGUCGACGCAACUUUGAGAAUCCGGUGGUGGCCACUUUUCGCGGACGAAGUCGACAACGAACUAACUCCUUUCCUAAGAUUCUACAACUGUUCCUCUGUGGGUGUUGCCAAUGGCUCUGGGGCCGAUGCUGGCGUCCGAAGGAGCUGAAAUCGCGAACCAUCACGGUUGGCAGAUUGGCAGCAGAGAAAUACCCAGCCAAUGUCAUUAGAAACCAAAAGUACAAUGUGAUAACCUUCUUACCAUUGGUUUUGUUUCAACAAUUUAAAUUCUUCCUCAAUUUGUACUUCCUUGUUAUGGCUACCAGCCAGUUCAUCCCAGAUAUCAGAAUCGGCUAUUUGUACACCUACUGGGGGCCUCUUACGUUUGUUUUGACAGUAACUAUCUGUCGAGAAGCAGUCGACGACAUCCGAAGGCACCAGAGGGACAAAGAGGUCAACUGCCAACGCUACGUGAGGCUGCUGAGUGAUGGCUCCAAAGAGUCGAUACCCUCCUCGAAAAUCAAAGUUGGAGACUUGAUCAUUGUGGAGAAAAACCAAAGAGUUCCAGCUGAUAUGGUGCUGGUGAGGACCACAGAACGAUCUGGCGCCUGUUUCGUCCGCACCGACCAGCUUGAUGGAGAAACCGACUGGAAACUGAGGCUGGCCGUUCCAGGCACCCAGAAAUUGGCACAUGACAAGGACUUGUUUGAAAUCCAGGCUACCCUCUAUGCUGAAAAGCCGCAGAAAGAUAUUCACAGCUUUAUUGGCACUUUUAAUAGGAUUGAUGGCACUCCCACAGAAGAGUCUUUGGAUGUUGAAAACACUCUUUGGGCAAAUUGCGUUGUUGCUUCUGGCACAGCUCUAGGUUUGGUUGUGUACACUGGGUCAGAAACAAGGAGUGUUAUGAACAACUCGGCGCCACGAUCAAAAGUUGGGCAAUUGGACAUGGAAGUGAAUCAAAUAACCAAGGUCCUAUUUGGAGCUGUGAUCACCUUGGCCCUAGUCAUGAUGUGCCUGAAGGGAUUCAACGGUCCUUGGUACAGAUACACCUUCCGGUUUAUCCUCCUCUUUUCGUACAUCAUUCCAAUCAGUUUGAGAGUAAAUCUGGACAUGGGUAAAGCCUUCUACUCGUGGGCGAUGCAGAGAGACCCAACUAUUCCGGGCACUGUAGUGCGGUCAACCACGAUUCCAGAGGAGCUGGGGAGGGUCUCAUACUUGCUCUCGGACAAAACAGGAACUCUGACUCAGAACGAAAUGAUAUUCAAGAAAUUGCAUUUAGGAACAGUAUCCUACGGAACAGAAACUUUUGAAGAGAUAGUUCUGCAUUUACGGAAAGCGUUUGACAAGCAGCAACAGAGUGAAAUGAGAGGCCUCUCAUCUGGCAAAGCGCGCAGAUCGGAACUGAGCAGAGUCCUGGAAGCUGUGAAGGCACUCGCCCUGUGCCACAAUGUCACCCCCACCUACGAAAGCAAUGACAGGUCUGAAAACGGCAGCGAUGAAGUUGAGGCUGACCAGCAUACCAGUCAAGAAGUUGUCUACCAAGCGUCAAGUCCAGAUGAGGUGGCUCUUGUGAAAUGGACCGAGGAGUCAGGAUUGGCACUUAUUCACAGAGAUUUGACCACGAUGCAAUUGAGAACGCCAAAUGGAGCUGUUCUAAACUACACCAUCCUGCAAAUAUUCCCAUUCACAUCAGAAACGAAGAGGAUGGGUAUCAUCGUUAAGGAGGAGUCCACAGGGGAAAUCACGUUUUACUUAAAAGGCGCUGAUGUCGUCAUGUCUGGAAUAGUGCAGUACAAUGAUUGGCUGGAGGAGGAGUGCGGAAAUAUGGCUCGCGAGGGUUUGAGAACGCUGGUUGUUGCCAAGAAGACUUUGUCCGAAGAGCAAUACAAUGAUUUUGAGGUUCGGUACAAUGCUGCACGGAUGAGCGUUUCAGAGAGAGUAGUUCGUGUCGCCGCUGUUGUUGAAACUAUUGAGCGAGAAAUGGAACUGUUGAGUGUAACAGGCGUGGAGGACAGACUGCAAGACGGUGUCAGACCUACACUGGAACUGCUGCGCAAUGCUGGCAUCAAGAUUUGGAUGCUGACUGGAGACAAAUUGGAAACGGCGACGUGCAUUGCAAAGAGCUCGAGACUGGUUGCCAGAACGCAGAGUUUGCACAUUUUCCGCAACGUUGUGAACAGAACUGAAGCCCACCUAGAACUGAACGCGUUCAGAAAAAAACAGGACUGCGCCCUUGUUAUCACAGGCGACUCUUUAGAGAUCUGCCUACAAUUCUACCAGCACGAGUUCAUGGAGGUGGCGUGCAGCUCGCCGGCAGUGGUGUGCUGUAGAUGCUCGCCAACCCAAAAAGCGCAGGUGGUCAAACUGAUCCAGGAACACACUGGCAAAAGAACUGUGGCCGUGGGCGACGGAGGAAACGACGUCAGCAUGAUCCAGGCUGCCGACGCUGGUGUGGGAAUCGAGGGCCGAGAAGGCAGACAAGCCUCCUUGGCAGCCGACUUCUCCAUUCCGCAGUUUUCCUACUUGCAAAGACUGCUACUGGUGCAUGGCAGACGUAGCUACAAGCGCUCGGCCGCCCUCAGCCAGUUUGUCAUCCACAGAGGCUUGAUAAUCUCGACCAUGCAAGCUGUGUUCAGUUCAGUCUUCUACUUUUCAUCUGUGGCACUCUAUCAAGGAUUCCUCAUGGUUGGCUAUGCCACCGUGUACACCAUGUUCCCAGUGUUUUCGCUUGUGCUAGACAAGGAUGUCUCGUCGAAAAUUGCUCUCACUUACCCAGAACUGUACAAGGAACUGAGCAAAGGCAGAUCGCUGUCUUUCAAAACCUUCUUUAGUUGGGUCCUGAUCAGUAUUUUCCAAGGUGGAAUCAUCAUGUAUGGAGCGUUGAUUCUGUUCGAAGAUGACUUCAUUCACAUAGUGGCCAUCAGCUUCACUGCUCUUGUGCUGACAGAACUCACUAUGGUGGCCCUGACUGUACGCACCUGGCACUAUUUGAUGGUUUUGGCAGAAUUGGUCAGCCUGGCUAUCUACAUCUUGUCUCUAAUUCUGCUAAGAGGAUACUUCGAUUCGGAAUUCAUUCAGACCCCGCAGUUCUUGUGGAAAGUGAGUGUCAUCACUUUGGUGACUUGCCUUCCGCUCUACAUACUCAAGUUUCUUAGACGCAAAUUCUCACCCCCUAUUUAUUCAAAGCUGUCUUAAGUCACUUUGUAUCUCAGAUAAAAUUGUUAUAUUCAAGCUUAAUACAUGUAUUUGCAAGCAAAUAAAUAUUUUAUUCACCACAGA